AUGGGUUUCACUUCGAUUCUCUCGUUUAUCCUCAAUACGACCAUAUUUGAACUACUCAUAUAUUGGAUAAUAUUCGCAAUUGCUUAUAAAGCUCUCAGAAAAUAUUUGGAUAGUUUUGUGAUUGACAAUUUGUCGAGAAGACCUGUCUUCAUAACAGGAUGUGAUACAGGAUUUGGAAGAGCUUUAGCUUUGAAGUGCCUCGAAAAUGGAAUGCCAGUAUUCGCGGGAUGUUUGACAGAACAGGGGAUAAAAAGUCUUCGCGCGGAGGCUAGAAACCUCAAGGGAACCCUUGACGCGUUACAAGUCAAUGUUGGCAACGAGGAAAGUGUGGCACGAGCAGGAAAGUAUUUGGAAGAGAAGGUCGAGAAAUAUGGAGGACUGCAUGCUGUUGUCAAUAAUGCUGGAAUCACUGGAAUGCACAUUGCCGACGAUUUCCUUUCGAUUGAUGAUUAUUAUAAAUGCUGCGAAAUCAAUUUGUUUGGGGUUAUGCGUUCGACCAAGCAUGUUCUGAAACUUGUUAAAAGAGCCAAAGGUCGCGUGGUGACGGUGGCAAGUAUUUGCGCGAGGGUAGGAAUUCCCGGACUUGGCCCCUAUACGGUAUCGAAAUACGCAGUUUCUGGCUAUUGUGAUGUUUUACGACACGAAAUGCGGCCAUUCGGAGUUACUGUACAUAUUUUGGAGCCAGGAUUCUUCAAGACACCAUUGGUUCAGCGGGAAAAACUACAGAAAGAGUUUGAAGAAGCGUUUGAAAACGGUCCAGCCGAUAUUAAAGCGGAAUAUGGUGAAAAGUAUUUCCAAGAAAUUUCCGGAACAUCACAUUCGCUGAUCGACAAAUUCGCAAGUGAUAACAUCAAUCUCGUCGUCGACGCAUAUUUUCAUGCAAUUACGUCAAAGUACCCAAAGUCAAGAUACCAAGUUGGAUGGGAUUCAGUUUUUGUGUUUAUCCCAUUCUCUUAUCUUCCCACAGGAGUUCAGGAUGCAUUCUUCACAAUUAUUGGAAGUUUCACUCCGAAACCUGCAGCAUGCGCUAAAAACUAG